AUGCGCCUGUUGUCGAAUAUCACACCUCGAUCUGCGUCAUGCUCCAUACUGGUUGAAAAUCAGUUCGGGCCUUCAGUGGAGAGAUGCUACAAUGGCUUCGACUUCACGCUCUUAUUCGAAGAAGGCUUCAUGUCCAUUGCGCCGUCCUCAAUCUUCUUUCUUGCCGCGAUAGCACGCAUACUAUACCUACAGAACCAGGAGCCCAAGGUUAUUAAAGAGUGGCUUUAUUGGACUAAAGUGCUCCUUCACGCGACUAAUGCGCUGGUUCAACUUGUGCAACUGUGUCUGUGGGCAAGACCCUCCAUGCCUCGGACCGACCUGAGCCUGGCGGCCUCCUGUCUGUCGCUGGUCGCCAUUGUAGGAUUCGGUUGCCUAUCUCACUACGAACAUUGUCGAUCUAUUCGACCGUCCAAGUCCCUCAACUGUUUCUUUCUCUUCACGAUUUUGCUUUAUAUACCCCGCCUAAGGACACUAUGGGCGAUCGAGGGCCUACAAGCCGUUGCAGCUAUGUCCAUAGUAUCCGCAAUCCUAAGUCUGUUGCUCCUCGGCUUUGAGAUGGCCGAGAAGAAGCACAUACUUUCUGCAUCCGGUUCAGCGAUGCCUCCAGAGACCUGGGCCGGGGCUUUUAAUCGUGGUCUAUUCUGGUGGCUGAACCCGCUGCUGCAGGCCGGGUCAAAAAAGACGUUAACAUUAAAUGAUCUUUUUCCGAUGCAAAAAACAAUGGUACCAGAGCCCGCUGUGGUAGAUCAGUUCUCUCGAUUGUGGGAUAGAUACGAAGCUCAGGAUCAAUGGCAAUCCUUGGUCGGCCCCUUACUGAACACAUUGAAAUGGGACCUUCUCGCUGGCAUAAUUCCUCGUCUGGCCCAGAUUGGCUUUACUUUUGCCCAGCCAUAUCUGAUCCGCAGUACUGUGACUUUGCUCAUUACUCAGGGUACCAAUGCCCGCAGUCGUGGCCUGGGGCUGAUUGCGGCCUAUACAAUUGUCUAUGUUGGGCAAGGGAUAUCCUCUGCCCAAACCCAGCACAAAUCUUAUCGCCUCAUGGCUAGCAUGCGAGGAAUCCUAGUCACAAUGAUUUACCGUAAAGUCAUGACAAUGCCAAUUCACAGCGGUGAUGACGCUUCCGCGAUAACGGCCAUGAAUACCGACGUCGACCGAGUCACGGCAGGCUUUCAGCACAUUCAUGAAACAUGGGCAACAUUCAUUGAGCUCCCCCUAUGUCUCUGGCUCCUAUAUCUCCAGAUAUCUAGCGCUGAUGUCGCACCAAUUCUCAUCUCGUUCUGCUCUACGGUAGUGGUGGCCUGGCUAGCAGGCAUAGCAUCUGUGAGACAGAAGCUGUGGGUUGAGAGGAUACAACAACGAUUGGGAGUUACCAGUGAGAUGGUCAGCGCAAUAAAAAGUGUGAAGAUGUCAGCGUUGACUGGCAAGCUCUCCACGAAGCUCCACGCACUGCGGGAGAAUGAGAUCAGCAUCUCAUACCGGUAUCGUCUACUCCUGAUAGUGCUUAUCGCAUUGGCCAAUAUCAACACAAUCAUCACGCCAGUAGUGUCAUUCACCAUCUACACGAUCAUGUCCCAGAGUAAGAGCAUCGGCGUGCUUAAUAGCGAGCGGCUCUUCACCUCCCUUACUCUAUUUAACAUUUUUGCGGGGUCAUUCAUGGGGUUCCUCCAGGCUUUCGCAGACCUUGCCACAUCUCUCGGGUGCACAGGUCGUAUCCAGAACUUCCUUGCUCAGUCUCGGCGACAUGAUCUUCGCAUAUCCCGAGUCUCCACUCCAUCCCAAGACUCCGAUACUACCUGCAAGCUGGGUUCUGAAACACCUUGUAUUGAAGCACAUAAUCUCACUGUGUGGUGGAAACGUGAUCGCCCCCCUAUUCUUCGUAAUCAGUCAUUUGUCAUUCCACAGUCUUCAUUGACCAUGGUCGUUGGUACUGUGGGGUGCGGAAAGUCUACUCUACUUCAGGCACUCCUUGGUGAGGUUCCGUUCAUAACAGGUGAGGUCCGAGUCGACUCGGCCAGAAUAGCUUAUUGUAGCCAGACUCCAUGGCUAGCAAACGGCACCCUCAAAGAGAAUAUCCUCGGAGCAGAAGGGUAUGUGGAGGAGUGGUACCUUAAAGUGAUUGCCGCUUGUGGUCUACAAGAUGAUCUUAAGCAGCUACAUCAAGGUGACCAGACCCUGAUUGGUAGUAAUGGCAUCUCACUAAGUGGGGGACAAAAGCAGCGACUGGCAUUGGCGCGUGCUAUCUAUUCACAAAUUAGCGUAAUGCUUCUAGAUGACAUUACCAGUAGUAUAGACGCCGUUACCGAGGAGAGAAUUUUGUCACAAGUACUGGGGCCACAGGGGCUAACUAGGAUGCUUGGAGUGACGGUGGUAAUGACAACAAACUCGACUCGCGCAUUACCAUUAGCAGAUCAUAUCAUCGUUCUAAAUGCAGAGGGAUCAAUUCUCGCACAAGGGCAAUUUGCCCAUGUUCAGGACUAUCUCCACUACACUCAUAACCAAGAGCGCAAAAUGAAACCAUCAACCGCGGUUAUGGAGGCUACGGCGGCGCCCUCAGCGCAGCACCAUGUACUGGAUUCUGAUGAAAAGAAUAUUGAGCAGAAUUGUCACACUGGGCUGUUCACAACCUACAAGUACUACCUCUCGACCGCACCCAUCUGUGCAUGGUGUGUAUUUUAUAUGUCGCUAGCCAUAUAUGUCUUUCUGCAGGUCUUCCCAACUGUAUGGUUGAAAUGGUGGGCAGCAGACAAUGAUAAACAGCCAAAUGUCCACUGGCAUAUGCGCGUGGGAGUAUAUUGGUGCCUGGGGAUUUUGGGAAUUGCUUUUCUGAUGUUUACUGCAUGGUACCACAGCUGCUUAACCCUGAAUCAUUUAUCAAAGGGUGACACGUCUAUCACUUCCUUCUCUUUUCUCGAGCAGUUUUCAUUAAUGACUGACAACCUUCCACGAGCUAGGUUCAGUCAGGAUUUAGAGCUGAUUGACUUUGAGCUUCCUAUAGUUACAUUAAACACAUCUCUUGCUUUAUUCCUAUGCAUCGGACAGUUGAUCGUCAUUUCUGUGUCUGCGAAAUACAUCACGGCAACCUUGCCAGCAUGCCUCGUGGCAUACUACUGCAUACAAAGAUACUACAUUCGCACAUCGCGCCAGCUGCGGGUCAUGGAGAUCGAAGCCAGAUCCCCACUAUUUACAAAUUUCAUGGAGACGACGGUCGGGCUUGCAACAAUCCGAGCGUUCGGAUGGCAAAAGGAAUAUAAGGCGAUUAACCAGACAUGCCUGCACAACUCGCAGAAGCCAUACUACCUACUCCUAUCGAUUCAAAUGUGGUUGAGUGUAGUGCUUGAUAUGUCAAUAGCGGGCUUCGUGGUGGUCCUGAUGGGGAUCGCCGUUGCUACUAUGGGGCAUGCGUCUCCCAGUUCUAUUGGGCUGGCCCUAGUCAACGUCGCAUCCCUCAGCACCUCCAUUAAGAAUUUCAUUGCGUACUGGACCUCUCUAGAAACAUCUUUGGGUGCUAUAACUCGUGUCAAGGACUUUGUGGAGGGCACACGCUCAGAGCAUCUCCCGGGAGAAACUUUCAGUGUCCCGGAACAGUGGCCCAACUUCGGGUCAAUCGAGUUUCGAGCGGUGUCUGCGUCCUACAAUCAAUCUGAUUUAGCUAUGAAGAACGUCUCCUUGACAAUUCGCCAAGGUGAGAAGAUCGCUAUAUGCGGUCGUACGGGCAGUGGUAAGAGUACAUUGAUAUCUACGUUAUUCCGCACCGUCGAGAUCAUAGACGGCCGUAUCCUUGUAGAUGAUCUAGACAUUGCCACCAUUCCUCGCGAACGGGUGCGGUCAUCCAUUAUCGGCAUUCCCCAAGACCCAUAUGUCUUCGAUCAGAGUAGCGUGCGGGAGAAUGUCGACCCCUACAGCAAGCACUCCAAUGAAAGCAUCAUAGAUGUACUCAAGAAGGUCAGACUUUGGAGUCUAGUCGAAGCAGGGGGUGGCCUUGACAUUGUCGUCAGCCCAGAUAUCUUUUCCGACGGGCAGAGGCAGAUACUCUGCUUAGCUAGAGCAAUGCUGCGUGAUGGAAACAUUGUUGCCUUUGACGAAGUUACUAGUCGAAUCGAUAGAAUUACAGAUGAUUUCAUGCAGGACGCGAUCCGUCACCAUUUCAAGGACCACACCGUUCUCACAGUAACCCACCGGCUUGACACCAUCAUGCUUUAUGAACGAGUUCUAAUGAUGCAUGACGGUGCGCUUAUUGCUGAUGGGCCACCCACGGUUCUCUUGCAUCAAUGUCCCGAGUUCCGUGAUAUGUAUGACACUUUCAACGACUCCCAAGUACCAUAG